AUGUCAGAAUCAAGUACUCAAUAUGAAAAUUUUCAAACUGAUAGUAGUUUUGAAACUGAUGAUAUUAUUGAUGUAGCAGAAAGCGAACAAACUAAUGAAUUGACAAGUGUUUGUGAGCACUUUUCAAAAGAAUAUGACACUAAUAAUGAACUUACAUCACUUAUUUGUACUAUAUGCCGCCUUAAAUAUAAGCCAACCAAUAUGCCAGGAACUCUUGCUAAACAUUUAUAUAACAAACAUAGUAAUUUAGUUGGUAAUCGACAAAGCACUCUUGAUAAGUUUGUAAAUAAACCAUAUUCAAGAACAGAUCAACAAUAUCUGCAACUUACAGAUAAAAUCGUAGAUUUUAUAGUUUGCUAUCAGCUUCCUUUUUCUAUAGUUGAUAAUUCUUAUUUUAUUACUAUAUUAAAUACAUUCGAUGCUCGAUAUCAAAUACCUUGUCGACAAACUAUACGAACUCAAAUUUUAAAUAAAUAUAAUAGUAUGCGCAAAAUUAUUUUAGAAGAACUUGAAAAGCCUAAAAAAGUAUCAAUUACAUGUGAUAUUUGGAGUUUCGUUACAAUGCAAUCAUAUCUUGGUGUUACAGUUCAUUUUAUUAAUAAUGAAUGGCAAUUACAACAUUUUUUACUUGACCUUCUUCCUCUUACUAGGCAGCAUACUGCUGUAAACAUUAAACAAGCUAUUAUGCAA